CACACACAAAGUAAUAGUAUAUAUCAAUAUCUAGAGAGAUUUCAUUACAGAGAUCAAGAUUUACAUAAGAAAUGGCUGUGGAGGACGGUGUAUCUUCUAUGAGAACGACGACGUUAGUGGCUCCAACAAGACCCACCAUCACAAUUCCUCAGAGACCACCGGCGAUCGAAACGGCGGCGUACUUUUUUGGAGGUGGAGAUGGUCUUAGUCUAAGCCCAGGCCCACUUUCUUUUGUCUCGUCUUUGUUCGUUGAUAACUUCCCUGACGUCUUGACGCCGGAUAAUCAAAGGACAACGUCGUUUUCUCAGCUUCUCGCCGGAGCUAUGUCGGUGUCUCCCGGUAGUGGACGUUAUACGACGGGGAUGCUCGCCGGAGGAUGUCCAUUGUUUACAAUCCCUUCUGGUUUCAGCCCUUCUAGUCUUCUUUCCUCUCCCAUGUUCUUCCCACCUCUGUCACCAACUCAGACCGGCUUUGUUCAACCGCAACCGCAGUCGCAACCGAAACGAUCUGUCUCAUUUCCUAACCAAAUGCCGCCAUCUACAUCCAACCCCGUGCAUGGCCGUCGAUCUUGUGAAGCUUCAAAUACUAAUCCAGCGAAUAACAACAAUACUAAUCGGUCUUAUAACGUGGUGAACGUUGAUAAACCGGCGGAUGACGGGUAUAACUGGAGGAAGUACGGCCAAAAGCCAAUCAAAGGCUGUGAAUAUCCGAGGAGCUAUUAUAGAUGCACGCAUGUUAAUUGUCCGGUUAAGAAGAAAGUUGAACGGUCAUCAGAUGGACAGAUCACUCAGAUUAUUUACAAGGGUCAGCAUGACCACGAGAGGCCUCAAAACCGCCGAGGCGGUGGUGGUGGAGUUAGAGGUUCCGGAGAACUUGGUGAUAUUCAUUACAUUGGUGGUGUAGGACAGAUGGAGACUAGUGAUGAUAGUGGUUAUGCUAAUGAUCAUGACAACGAUAAUGAUAAUGAAAAUGAAGAACUUCCAGCUUCAAAGAUAAGAAAAAGUAACGGUGGUGUGUCGAUGACGGAGCCGAAGGUCAUCGUUCAGACAAGAAGUGAAGUCGACCUUCUUGACGAUGGCUAUAGGUGGCGCAAGUACGGACAAAAAGUUGUCAAAGGAAAUCCCCAUCCGAGGAGCUAUUAUAAAUGUACAACGGCGAAUUGUACGGUACGUAAACAUGUAGAGAGAGCUUCAACGGAUGUGAAGGCUGUCAUUACAACUUACGAAGGUAAACAUAACCAUGACGUACCAGCCGCUAAAAAUGGCACCACCUCAGCCACAGCGGGAACAUCCGAUCACCAUCGUAUGAGAUCGUUGUCGGGGAACAAUAUGCAACCUCCGGUUCUUUUGAGAUUGAAAGAAGAGACUACCACUUUUAAUUGACUUUUAAGCCGAUAAUUUCGUAUGGAUUUAUUAGGAUUGGUUUAGCAGCUCGGUGAGUGAUACUGAACCGGAAUAUACUACUUAUUGACUUGUAACAUGCCUGAUGUGACUUGAUGCAUCGUUUGAACUUGAACUUUGACCAUACAACAGAAAAUCAAAACCUUUGAAUUUGUGAAUUCUUUUUCUUUCUUUUUUUGUAAUUAAUAAUUAAAUUCCUUUGAUUUGUUUCUU